AUGCUGUCAAAGCCCUUCAAGCCAUUGACUAUUCGAAAGAGUCCCCCAACAUCGCAGAGCGACGAAUUUGCCGUACCGACCGCCAAACGAAGGAAGCUGACCCCUCCCAACGAUAAUGCCGCCUCAAUCAAACCUUUGCCCUCUGCUUUGGCACACCAAGGACCAAAUGCUGCAGAUGGUGGAAAGAGACGGGCACUCAAGGACAUACAGAACCCUCCGAGUCCCAAACGUUCUGCAAAGUCCAUAGAUAGUGAUGAGAGCCAUUACUCUAUUCUAUGGCGAGUCCCAACAAAUAAGAAAAACAAAACUUGGACAGAUGAUGGAGUUAUGGUUGUUGCGGGGGGGUAUGCGAUGUUGUAUAGCAAUACUGGCAGAAGUAUAGGCCGCACCGCAGUAUCAGAGCCUUUGAUUUCCGGUUCAAACCUCUCGGUAGGUGGGAAGGAAGUCGAAGUGGACUCCAAGAUCACCAGGGACCAAUAUCUUGCCGUCGUCAAAUUGACAAGCGUCCCUCGGAAAAGCGAUUCCAAAUCCGAAACAAAAGCCGACAAUGCACCACCUCCUACACCUCAACAGCCGAAGCUGAGUCUACGGGAUCAGAUGAAAGCACAGAUACAGAAAGAGAAAGGAAACGGGAUCAGACAAGAUCAAAAGGCUGUAUCUCGGGCGACAGCGUUCAAACAGCCUAUGAAAGAAACCACAAUCCUACCUCAGGGGCCAUCUGAGACUCCCACACCUCGACACGAUCCUAAUGCAGUUGGGGCUCUCGCAUUCAGACGACCCAAAUGCCCUCCGCCAGGCCGACAGACUGUUGACGUGGUGCUUGAUCCUCUGAUUGGGAAGUUGUUGCGACCUCAUCAAAGAGAAGGAGUUCAGUUCCUCUACGAGUGUGUUAUGGGGCUGCGGGACUUUGAUGGCCAAGGCUGUAUACUGGCGGACGAUAUGGGAUUGGGCAAGACUCUGACCACGAUCGCGCUUCUGUGGACACUACUUCGGCAAUCUCCAGCCUAUAAAGCUCCGCCAGUGGUUCGAAAAGCUCUGAUUGUCUGUCCAGUCUCACUUAUCCGCAAUUGGAAAAGAGAAUUCAAGAAAUGGCUCGGUCUGGACAGGCUUGGAGUACUCGAAUUCGAGGACCAGAGCACGCGCCUGAACGAUUUUGACGGCAAGGUCUUCCAAGUCAUGAUUAUAGGCUACGAAAGGUUGAGAGCGGUGGCUGACGACCUUGGUAAAGGCCAACCCAUUGACAUUGUCAUCUGUGAUGAGGGCCAUCGACUAAAGACCAUGAAGAACAAGAGCGCAAAAGCCAUCGAGGCAUUGAACACACGAAGGCGGAUCAUCCUGUCGGGCACGCCGAUUCAGAAUGACCUCAGUGAAUUCUAUGCCAUGGCCAACUUUGUGAAUGAUGGCUGUCUAGGUUCACAAAAGGGCUUUAUCAAAGAUUUCGAGAAACCAAUAAUGAAGAGCCGCCAACCAAAUGCAUCGGAGGAAGACGUCGAGCGUGGACAGAAUGCAAGUGAGGAAUUGGCUCGGACCACAUCUCCAUUCAUCCUCCGCAGGACAGCAGACAUACUGGCCAACUUCUUACCGCCAAAGACAGAAUACGUGCUCUUCUGCAAACCCACACAAGCACAAGCCAAGAUCUACCGUAAUGUGUUGCAGUCAGCCAUGUUUGACCGGGCUCUAAGCAGCAGCGAAACAGCUUUCCAGUUGAUCACAAUACUCAAGAAGCUGUGCAACAGCCCAGCACUGAUGGAUCCGAAGUAUGGCAACGACGACGCUACACCUUCGGCUUCGCUCACCACACUGAACGAAAUGCUCCCUGGUGCACUUUCCAAGCUUUACCAGAACUCACUUUCAAGUAAGAUCCGAAUGCUCGACCACCUAUUGCAGCAAAUAUGUCACACAACUGACGAAAAGGUUGUUGUCAUAUCAAAUUACACCUCGACGCUGAAUUUGAUCGAGCAGUUGCUCCAGAACUCGAAUGUAGGCUAUCUCCGACUUGAUGGCUCAGUUGCUGCGACGAAGAGACAAGGUCUUGUCGACCAAUUCAACCGCUCAAAAUCGACCCAGACCUUUGCAUUCUUGUUGAGUGCAAAGGCAGGUGGUGUUGGACUGAACUUGAUCGGAGCAAGCCGACUUGUGCUUUUCGACGUGGAUUGGAACCCUGCCACAGACGAUCAAGCCAUCGCGCGUAUCCACCGACAAGGGCAGAAGCGACAUUGUAAGAUAUACCGGUUUCUGAUCAAAGGUGGCCUGGAGGAGAGGAUAUGGCAGCGACAGGUCGUCAAAAGGGCGUUGGCCGACAGUAUAAUGCAGGGUGGCUCGACGGCAAGUAAUGGCGGUCUCGACAUUAAAGCGAAGGGGAAAGGCCAGACCUCGACGUUCAGCCAGGAGGAGCUGAAGGAUUUGUUUCGUCUUGAUGAGACCGAAGGACUGCGCACUCAUGACCUGAUUGGCUGCACGUGCCAAGGUACAGGCAUCGAGGACGAGGUCGUCAAGAGCGAAGAUUCUUCCGAGCUGCUCGGCAGGGACGGCGACGACGUGUCUGAGGAUGAGCUCCCCAAAGUUUCGGCUUUCGAAGAGAAGUUCACUACGAAAUCGACGAAGAGGAAGCGGAGCAGCAGUAAAUCGAUUAUCACUGAAAAGACCGGCGCUGAAGCAGAACGGGGUGAGCUGCUCAAGUAUACGCACCUUGACACCUCUGUGUUUUCCCGUGCAGAUGGAGACGAGGAUACGAUUGGGCGGAUCUCAGCGGUCGUGGAUGACGAUUGUCUUGAACACGUUCUCCGCCUCGGCCGAGAGGUCACAGGCGGAGGGAGUGUUGCAUAUAUAUUCAAGAGAGUCAAAGGUAGUCAGCCUCUCUGA